ACCCGCGGGGACGUUAGAGUCGACCCAAAAGUCACCUCAAAUCGGAAUGUGGGGGGAGCAAGGCGGCACGUGGGGGGCACGAGGCAGCAUGUGGGAGUAUGGUUCCGGGGGACAUGAGAUGCACGCAGCAACAAUUGAAUCGACUCAAAGGUCACCUCAAAUCGGCACGCGGGGGGAAGGAGGCGGCAUGUGGGGAUACGGUUCUGCAGGACAUGAGAUGCAUGCUGCAACGAUAAUGAUGUUUCUAGUGGCGCUUUCGAUAUGCCUCUGGAUAGACUUCAACACUGCAGCGGAUCUGCUUGUAGGGGGGAUAAGGGCGGCUGCGCAGCUCUCAGCCGUUGGAUUCGCGAUCAAGUACAUCGUGGCCAUUGAAAGCGGGAGGGUGGCAUUUUCUGGAGUGGCUAUCAUGGUGAGUGUAUUAUUUACCCCUUCCACUCUCUUCACCCGCCAUGCUCUCUCUCACUCACUUCUGCUCUCGCUGCCUUCUCCCCGCCCUGCUCUCUCCUACCUGCUCUUUCCCUCCCUGCUCUCCCUUCCCUGUUCUCCCCACCUUGCUCUCCCCGCCCUUCUUUUCCCGCCCUACUCUCUUCCCCCUGCUCUCCCCCUGCUCUCCCCCUGCUCUCCCCUGCUCUCCCUCCUGCUCUCCCCCUGCUCUCCCUCCUGCUCUCCCCCUGCUCUCCCUCCUGCUCUCCCCCUGCUCUCCCUCCUGCUCUCCCCCUGCUCUCCCUCCUGCUCUCCCCCCUGCUCUCCCUCCUGCUCUCCCCCUGCUCUCCCUCCUGCUCUCCCCCUGCUCUCCCUCCUGCUCUCCCCCCUGCUCUCCCUCCUGCUCUCCCCCCUGCUCUCCCCCCUGCUCUCCCCCCUGCUCUCCCCCCUGCUCUCCCCCUGCUCUCCUUCUCCCGGUCAACUCACAGCUGCUGAUACUGCCUUCCGCACUGCCUUGAAAUGA